AUGGAUACUAUCAAUCAAGUUAAUAUCAUUGAAAAAACUGAAGAGUUAACCAAGAAGUAAAAGAAAUAAGCUAAGAUGUCUCUUCCUGUUACACUUAGCUCUUUUGAAUUGGUUAAUGUAAUUGGUCAAGGAAGAUAUGGCACAGUCCUAUUGGUCAAGAAGAAAGACAGCGGUAAUUUCUUUGCCAUGAAAGUCAUCAAGAAAUCUUUGAUUAAGAAGAGAAACCUUCAACACAGAAUAAUGACUGAAAGAAAUAUUCUUACUCUUUGCAAAUCUUCUAAACUCAUUACUAAACUCUAAUACUCCUUCUAAAAUAGAAGCAACUACUUCUAUCUCUUAGAAUAUUGCCCAGGUGGUGACUUAGCUUAUUAUAUGUAAAGAAAGGGCAAAUUAACUGAAAAGGAUGCUAAAUUCUAUGCUGCUCAAUUAAUUCUCACUCUUGAAUUUCUUCAUUCUUAAAACAUCAUUUACAGAGAUUUAAAACCAGAAAAUAUUCUAAUUGAUAAGAAUGGUUAUUUCAAGCUAGGAGACUUCGGAUCUGCAGUAUAGAAUAUAACCCUUGAGGAAUCUUAAGUACUUUGUGGAACUCCUUAAUAUUUCGCUCCUGAAAUGAUAACUCGUGAAGGCCAUGGAAAGGGAGUAGACUUAUGGGCUCUUGGAUGCAUAAUCUUUGAAUUAGUAUUUGGAGUUACUCCAUUUGAAGAAACCACCUAAGCUUAACUUUAUGAAAGAAUUUAGAAUGGUAAAGUCUUCUUCGAUGUAAAUGAUGACGUUAAGGUGACUAAUUACUUCAAGGAUUUAAUUAACAAACUUCUUGCUAAAGAUCCUAAAGAAAGAAUUGGAACUAAGAGCUUUGAUGACAUUAAAAACCAUCCCUGGUUCAAUAAAUUUGACUGGGAAGGAGUUAUUAACUAAACAUUACCUGCUCCUAUUAAUACUGGUGUCAAGAAAGUGAGUGAUGUAUCUAAUUUCAACUGUACAUAUACCUAUCAAGAUACUAAUAAUUUGAAUUACGAUUCUACUGACUGCUCAUCUUCAUCUGAUGAGGAAGACAAGAAAGAGAUUACUCAAGACUUCUAUUUUGAUGCCUCCAAGAAAUUAUGA